CUUCCCUCUGAGCAGAGGCGGCGGAUGGAGCGGAGCUGAUGAAUGAGAUGAGGGGCUAACAGAGGGCAGACGGGCUGAUGAUGAGAGAGGAUGAACCAGCAGCUGAAGGAGCAUCAGUGUCCUAUUCUCCCACCAUCUCAGAUCCAGUUUUCGCGAAACAACGCAAACAAAAUAAGACGGAGAAAUCUGCUCGUUUGUGAAUGAAGGAAAAAUUUGUGGCGAACAUCGACGUCGGUGAAGCUGUUUUGGGUUUUUUUUCCUCUUGGAGGAGGGCAGGACGUGAUGAUAAAACCCGGAGUGUGCUCCAAGGGCUUUUUUGUGUUCUCUCCAAAAGCAGCGGAGAUGAAGCCCCGUCUGGAAAGAAGAUGUCUGUCACCACAGAGCGGCGUUAAAUGUCUCACUUGCGGCGGUAAAACUCUUUAAUAUUUCUCCGAUUUGAGGAUUUUAAUGGCACAGAGGACUUCAAUCAAGAGCCAGCGACUUAAAGAGGGAUUUAUGAGUGUCGAAAUUGAGGGGUGAAUGUUAAUUUUUUUUAUCCCAACGUCUGCCAUCCUUAUUCAGAUUAUACACCAGCCAACGGAGCAUUUAUAGCCAGCUAACGUCACAUUUAGAGACUAUAGGCAGUUUUAUUUGCUAAAACACGUUAACAUUUUUCCCCCUUCGAUAAUUUCACUCUGAAUUUAAAAGCGCAACACGAUCCCUUCGAGUCUAAUGUGGUUAUAAAUCACACCCUCCGUCUGCUGUCAGUUUUCUUCUUCUUUUUUUAAUAGCCCGAGUUGAGCUCCAUAAUCCUGCAUUACUGUGGAGUUUGGUUGUGGGUUUUUUAGCUAACGGCGGCGGCUACUAGAUCCAGAGCAGCGCGCGCGCGUGUUGUCAGUCAUCAUGCGUGCACCGACACGUUCGCACGGAUGAAACCACCACCUAAGCCAAAAAUAUGAUGCACCCAGAGGGCACAACAACACGCCGAGCCAUGUCGGACUGAGAACAGCGAGAGUGGGGCUUCGCCGGGCUGUGAGCUCACACAAACAAGCAGAGAGCGGAUUUCAAUUGAGAGGGAGAGUGGAUAAAAAAAACAAAAAACAAAGCUGCAGCUAGCCUGUCCGCACAGCUCUCAGGAGACCGCUGAGAGGAUCAUUUUCGACUCAACUUAGAGACCAGAAUCCAGCUAUAAUGGGAGAGCAGCCCAUCUUCAGUACGCGGGCCCACGUCUUCCAGAUAGACCCGAACACCAAGAAGAACUGGGUUCCCACGAGUAAACAUGCCGUCACAGUGUCGUACUUCUUCGAUAGCACCAGGAAUGUAUAUCGAAUCAUCAGUCUGGAUGGAUCCAAGGCCAUUAUAAACAGCACCAUCACCCCCAACAUGACGUUCACCAAGACAUCGCAAAAGUUUGGCCAGUGGGCGGACAGCCGAGCCAACACUGUCUACGGCCUCGGCUUCUCAUCAGAGAGCCACCUGGUUAAGUUUGCAGAGAAGUUUGCAGAGUUCAAGGAGGCGGCACGGUUAGCCAAGGAGAAGUCUCAGGAGAAGAUGGAGCUCACCAGCACGCCCUCUCAGGGUGGCACCGUAAAAAGGAAUGUGUUGUCAGUCAACAAACCUGUUAUAAAGAAGGAGUCAGCCCCAGGUGAUCUGCAGUCACCUUUGACCUCAGAGAGCAUCAACGGUACAGACAAUGACAGAGUUACGCCAGAUACACCUCAGCACCCCGAAGCCAGAGCAGAGCCUUCCCAGAAUGCACUGCCCUUCUCACACAGUUCAUCCAGCAUUAAUAAGCACUGGGAGGCAGAGCUUGCGGCGCUGAAGGGGAACAAUGCCAAACUGACGGCGGCUCUUCUUGAAUCUACAGCCAACGUCAAACAGUGGAAGCAGCAGCUGGCAGCCUAUCAGGAAGAAGCUGAGAGGCUACACAAACGGGUGACGGAGCUGGAGUGCGUGAGCGGCCAAACGACGGGGAUUAAAUCUCAAAAGACUGAACUCAACCGAACAAUAGAAGAGUUGGAGUUGGCUUUGAAGGCUAAAGAGGAGGAGUUGGAGAGACUUAAAGCAGAGGUGGAGAGUGCCAAUGAGUUUAGGUCUCAAAGAGAUUCCCUCACACAGAGGCUACAGGAGACGGAGUUGAGAAACCAGACGCUGGAGGCCCAGCUGACUGAUCUGGAGCAGCGUCUGGAGAGCAGCCAGCUGGAGCGGGAAGCCUUUCGCAAAAGCCUGCGCUCCCUGCUGGAGCUGCUGGACAGCAAAAUCUUUGAGCUGAACGAGCUGCGGGACGCACUGGCCAAGCUGCUGGAGGGCAGCUAGACGGAGAGAGACGAAGACUGUGCCACCACCUCCAACCACCUCCACCAACACAGCAGCCAGCGCCGAGACUUUUACCGCAUGUCGGCACUCACCUGCUCACUGACAACUUGAAUUCUCUUUUUUAAAAUUUUUUCCUCCCACACGCGUGUAAAAGUUUACACACGGCUUUAUACUUUAACACACAUCCACGCUCAGAUCGUUUACAAACCGCCAUGUGAAGCCUUCCCCUCCACUCCACUCUGGACAAAUCCACAGAAGCUUUCCUCGCUCUACGGAAACAUUAAAGGCGAAAUUCGCUUUUUUCUUUUAAAUGUUGCUUUGGUGCAUUCAAAUGCAGUCACUCAGAGUCUGUGAUUGUUCUUGUUUUCUUUUCUCUUUUUUUCCUCUUUCCGACUUUUUUUCCAGGCACAAAUCUUUAUUAAAACCCACGUCACCAUCAGCCAAAUAAACUCUGAGAUCCAUUCGGUUAUUUGUUGUGUGGACUCGACACAAAGAGGAUCCGGAGGACGUCGGUAUCUAUCGUGAAAUAUUCUUCUGAAUUAUAUGAGCAAUACAAAAGGGCAGCACCAGAGGGUUUAAAAAAAACAUUUUCCACUCUCACUUUCAGGUAAUUUUACUCCUCUCGGAUACGUUUAAGACAUCGAGGCGGGAUUUUACUCAAACGUCUUUUCUUUCUUUCUAUACACUUUUUUUAAGGAUAUAACAGAUUCAUAGUGCACUUGUUCAUGUGUGUCUGAGUGAGUCAGAUGUUUCUUUUCCCCUCUUUGUUUCUGUUGCGACAUGAAGUGCAAUGAUUGAAUCCUUUUUUUUUGUUAAUUUAUUACUGAAAUUUGUGACGAUGAUGAUUAUUAUUAUGAUGGAAGUUGUACAAAAUCAAAGUAUCUUUAUUUACAUCUCAUUUUCACUUAAUCUUUUUUUAUCAUGUGGUACGUGAGUGUCAAGAUGUUGAAACCUGGCAAUAUUUUUGAGCUGUUUAUCGAAGGAAAAAGGAAAAUGCAGCGGGUUGAUUGCAGUUUUUUUUUUUCUUUUGCCAAAUAAUGUUUUCCUGUACAGAUCUGAAUUUUUGCUGAUGUUGCCUUUGGUACAGACAUGCAUCAAUGGUAGCUAAGUAGCAGUACUUUUUAUUUGGUGGGAUUUACUAUUGCCAAAAAUGAGAGGAAUACGAUUCAGCGUGUACAAUUGAAGAACACUAUUUAAGGGCUUGUUGUUAGCGCGGGUACAUUCGGGACACUUGGAUGGAUUUUUGUGCUGUAAAGGGAAAAAAGAAACAUUUGAAUAAGACUUUGAAAUACAGAUUAAACCACAUGCUUACAGACACAAAUUGUAAUUUUGAGUUUUUAAUAAAAGAAAACCAAAUGAAAA